GGGCUCUUCUGAGGAAAUAUAAUACCAAGAGCUGGGGAGACCAUGGGUGUGAUAUAGAUAGGAACUGCUGAAGCCAGAUAAAAGGAGCUCACAGUAAUAUCUGGUACAAGAUAAGACACAUCGACAGAGAACAAGCCACUUGUAUUCUUUUUGAUUUUUCCAUAUGAGAUUAAGAAUAACCCUCUGGAUAUUAUUAAACCUUCUAAAAGAAGAAACUUUCCAUAUCAAUACAAAGCUGAUAAUAUUUCUGAAAGCUCAAAACUGAGUUUGCUCUGAAUUUCAGACUUGGCAAAAACAUAGAGCUUGAUAACUCUUGUCAAUGUUUAUUUAGUCUGGAAGUUUUUGGCACUGAAAUAAAAAUUCCUUGCAGACUCUGUGACUGCUGCUUACUCACACACACCCGAAGAACCGACUGCUCUGUGAUCUGCAGUGAAGAACUGCAUUCAAGGCUUUGUCAUGUUUAGAAAUAUGAUGGGGCAUAUAGAUUUGAUCCUCCUGUCUACCUUCCUCUCGGUUUCCAUGACAUCUGAAACAUUUGAUCCUGUGGAAGGUGAGGCUUUAGUUAUAAAAUGUCCCAAGUGGAAUUCACCUGUGAAAAUCACCUGGUAUCACACGGAUACUCUCAAAAUAAUUCCUGCGGAAGAGGAGGGAUCACGAGUAUUUUCCAUAGAUAAAUUUCUUUGGUUUCUGCCAACUUCUAGAGAGGAUUCUGGAAACUACACUUGUGUAACACAUUUUUCAAGUAAUCGCACAAAGUCAUACAACGUGAGUGUGCAAGUGCAUUCAUACAAGCCAGGAGAAUGUUUCCAAAGUCCGAUUCGUUACCCAAAUGACACUGGAAGAGGAAAAAUUGUUUGUCCUACCAUUGAUAACUAUAAGAAUGCUACUAUUGUCCAGUGGUAUAAGGACUGCAAACCUCUUCAGGGACAGAGAUACUUCAAAAAAGAGAAAUAUAUUUAUAUUGAGAAUCCAAGAAGGGAGGAUGAUGGUUAUUAUACAUGUCACUUUAUUUAUACCCAUAAAGGAAAUGUGUUUAAUGUAUCAGCAACAAGAAUUUUCGUAAGUGGGGUGAAAUACUCACCUCUACCACCUCAAAUCAUAUUUCCAAAGAAUAACGAUGUAGUAGAGACAGAGCUUGGUGCUUCUCUGUCUCUGAGAUGUCAGGCUCGCCUGGGGAUUAAGAAACAGCCACUGGCUGCUGUCAGAUGGGAUGUGGAUAACAUCCCAGUGGAGAACCUUUUUUUUUCAAGAUUUCAUGAAGAAACUCAUUUUUUUGAUGGACAUGCGCAAGUAUACUAUGAAGAGAGCAUUUUGAAUAUUACUGAAGUAAAAAAGGAGGAUCUGCAGUCAAAUUUCACAUGUAUAGCACUGAACAUAAUGUACAACACAAGAGUCACGGUGACAUUACAACUCAAAGUGCAAGAUAAGGAGGUUCUUCCUAAUGUCCUCCUGAUCACAGGAUCUCUAGUUUUGCUAGGUGCAAUAGCGCUCUCAGUUAUCCUUUACCAGUCCUUCCGAGUUGAUAUUGUUCUGUUGUAUCGGGAGAUAUUCCAGCCCCACUCAGUCAAGGAUGAUGGAAAGAUAUAUGAUGCGUAUGUUAUCUACGCCAAAAACCACACCAGUGAAGCUAAUUUUGUGGAAUAUUUUGUUUACCAAAUCAUGCCAGAUAUUCUGGAAAAUAAGUGUGGAUAUACAUUGUGUAUUUAUGGGAGAGAUAUAUAUCCUGGAGAAGAUGCAGUCAGUGCAAUUGAGACGAGGUUGCAGAAGAGCAGAAGGUUGAUCAUCCUGCUAACACACCACCUGAUUAAUUCUAAAGAAGAUGCUUUUGAUCAACACAUUGCUUUAUACAAUGCCCUCAUUCAAAAUGACACAAAGGUGAUCCUUCUGGAAAUGGAGACAAUUGGGACUUAUGGGAAGCUUCAGGAAUCUCUUAGGUUUAUUAUUAAGCAGCAAGGAACCAUCAAAUGGAAAGAGGAGCACACGGUGCACCCACAGUCACCGAGUUCUAGGUUCUGGAAACAGGUGAGGUACCAUAUGCCACUGACACACAGGCCCUCCUCACGCUUGGCUGACACCACGUGAACAGUCUUGGAGAGCAGAGCUGCACUAUCAGGAUGGAUUACAGCCCACAGCUGCUUUCCUUUCAGAAGGUAGGUGACUAUAUAGUCUGGAAGUCUGGCUGUGUUUUUUGAACUUUUUUCAGUCCUUCAGUUGAGUAAUGAUGGGGAAAUGGAUGGAAGAGGUUUAGGAAACUGAGAGGACAUUUUAUAGGUAUGAGAGUUCUGUAAAGAAAUAAUCCUAGAUUUUGUGGAGAAUUUUGUAUGUCACAGAAAACCAAAUGUACCUAUACUUUUUCUAUAUAUAGCUGUAUAUAUAACAUAAAGUUAUGAUUAUGAAUAACUGAAUGCCUUGCAGGUUUACUUAAUCUUUCUAAUGCAGUUGAUAAAAUAUAAAUGCCUUCUGUAUUAUUUGACUAGAAAGUAUAAUGUGUAUUUUGCAACUAGAAAGUAUAAUGUUAUGCUUUUGUUAACUUUUAUUUUCUGACACUUACUCCUCUUUGAUUCAAUAGUGAUACUCACAAGAUGAAAUUUUAUUUUUCCUUAGUAUGGCUGCCUCACUAAAGGGUCUUUUGAGACUGAUGUGAAUAUGGUGUUAAGGGAAAGAAAUACACUUAUAUAUCUAUAUGUAAAAAUAAAAUAUGCAUUGUUACAGGAAAUAAAUGCAUUGAUAUAUACAUAUAUAUAUAUUACAUGCAUUGUUAAGGGAAAUAAAUGCACUGAUACAUAUAAAAGAAUUUUAUAUGCACAUUAAAAUAUUGUAUAUAUCUAUUAAAAUAUUAAAAUGAAUGUCACACAAAUGGGAAAUUUGAUGUUUUUCAAGUACAAUAAUCAUGCUGUUACUGUAAUUAUUAUCUCCAGAUAGAAAUAACAUAUUAAAAUUUAGAAUGAUCUUUUGAUACACUGACAGCAUUCCUUUAAGCUACUGAAAAAAUAGACUACUUUUUUAUAACAAGGGUUAUCCACCUUUUUUCCAUGCUUUGGCCUCAUGUGUAGUUAUACUUUCUGAUAUGAAAUAACCUUAAAUGCAAAGGUCAGAACCAAAACUCCUUCUAGUUCAGGGGAACAGGAACAAGAUAUAUCCUUCUAUGGGUAUCUCUGCAAACUUUAAUAUUUUUCGAUUUUUAAACCCAGAAAAUUAUUACUGUGAGAGAAGGCUUAGUUUUCAGCUUUAGACCUGCUACAGAAUAGACUUAAAAAGUGAAAAUUAGAUGCAGAAUACUCAUUGUUACCAACUCCAGGAAUACAAACAGGCAAGUUCUUUCAUUUUACUGUAAGUUUUUAUUGAAUAUGGAUCUUCAGACUUAUGGAUAGCUAUUUGGAAUGGAAAAAAAUGUGCAUAAAAUGUAUGUAUGUAUAUUUUUCAGCAUUCAAUUAAAAGACAUAUGGCAAACUA